AUGGGAGAGAGCGCGUGGGGGUCGUUCCAGGGCCCAAGGAGCCUCGAGCUGGACCCCAACAUGGUUGGUGCGCUUUGGGAUUUCGACAUGGUCGCCUUCAGCCUGCUGUACGGCCUGCCCAGGUGGAUGAUGGCGAACGCAGCUCGGAAGAACUUCGACUGGGAUGGCCUAGAUGCCGAGCCGGACUGGGAAGAGCACUUUGGCGCUCGCACCUCAGGCAAGUUGACCAAGUAUUUGAAGGAGGCCGGAUUCACAGACCGUUCCAUCGCCUGCUACAUUUCUAUCAUUGCUCGACUCCGGUUGCACUUCUCGAUGGCUAUCACUCGCGAGACCACGGCUUCGGUCGUGCUCGAGGGGCACAAGAUUCCAAAGGGCUCCUUCGUGCAGGACUUCACGGGGGCCAUCUCCCAUCUCGACGAGACUAUCUGGGCCAAGGGCGGACACCCUGCGGCGGAGUUCUGGGGCGGGCGCCACUUCCGGAGCUACCCGACACUUCCUAUACGAUAG